AUGUCAAGAGUGUGGAUAGAACAGGUGGACGGCCAGGAUAUCAUAAUCUGGUAUCUAGAUACACUAUUCUUCUUCCUCAAAAGCUUAACAGUGGUAUCAGAGCUUGGAAGUGAGGAGUUUGAGUGUGAAGAAGGUUAUGAUAGGUGGAGUGUUAAAAUGAAAAAACUCUUCCGAUCACAAAAUAUAUGGAGUGUAGUAGAGAAAGGUGUUCUCAAGGAAGGGACAGAAGCUCAGGUGCUAGAGAGUAACAAAGAUGAUGCAAAGGCCUGGCAUUUGAUUCAACAGUCUUUGGAGGAUAUAAGAAGACAAACUCUUAGGCAGAAAUUUGAAAUCUUACAAAUGAAAGAAAAUGAAGGAGUGCAGCAAUAUGUAUCAAGGGUAGUGUCUCUUGUAAAUCAAAUCAAAGGUCUGUGUUAUGACUUAGAAGAGAAGGAGGUUGUGUCUAAGGUGAUGAGAGGUUUAACACCCAAGUAUGAUCAUGUGAUUAUUUCCAUUGAAGAAGCUAGAGAUGUUGACAAGCUUCCUUUGAAUGAAUUGAGUGGAAGCUUGCAAGCUUAUGAAGCCAGAUUUAAUAGAUUUGAAGAUCAACCUGCAGAUAAGGUUUUGCAUGUAAAAGGGGAGGCAUCAAGUAGUGGUGGUUCUCAAGAGAGUGAAGACUGGUCUACUAGUUUUAAUAGAGGUAGAGGGUUUGCAAGAGGUAGAGGAAGAUAUUUCAGAGGUAGAGGAAGAGGUUUUUAUAGUGCAAGAGGAAAUUUUGAUUAUACUAGAAGUAAUUUCUCAGAUGAUCAGAGAUCUCAAGACAGAAAUGCAAGCAGUGAAGGAGAUCAGAAUUCAACUGAGUUUGGCAAUCUGUUUAUGGUGCAUGAUUGUGAUGUGCAGUGUGAGCAGGAAAAAUCUUCAAUUUGGUUGUUGGAUAGUGGAAGUUCUCAUCAUAUGAUAGGUAGGAAAAAUUUAUUCAAACAACUUGAUGAUUCUGUAUCUCAGAUAGUGAAACUUGGAGAUGAUCAAGAGGUGCAAGUUAAUGGGAAGGGUUCAGUGGUAGUAAUACUUCAGAGUGGAGAAAUUAAAUUAAUACAUUAUGUGUAUUAUGUGCCAAAACUAGCACAUAAUUUGUUGAGCGUUGGUCAGUUGGCCAGUAGUGGGUAUGUGGUCAGAUUUGGAGAAAAAGAGUGUGAUAUAAUGAAUGCAAACUCAGGUGAUACAUUGCUAACUGUGAAAAGAAACAGUAACAACUUGUAUCCUGUGGCAUUAUCAAACACAGAAGUUACAAAUAUGGCAGUGAAGAAGAAGAGUUAUCUUUGUUGUGGCAUUAUAGAUUAG